AUGUCCUUCCUCGGUGGCGCAGAGUGCUCGACGGGAGCCAACCCGCUCAGCCAGUUCACGAAGCACGUCCAGGAUGACAAGUCGCUGCAGAGGGAUCGGCUGGCCGGGCGAGGGCCUGGAGGCAUGGCGGAGGGCAUGAGGAGUCAGGCAAUGGGCGCCCCGCAAGAUCAUAUGAUGGACGAGUUCCUACAGCAGCCCGGCCAGCUACCGCAAGGACCAGCCACGCCGUUCGCGAUGGAACAGAUGCGCCGGGAGCUGGAACGGGCAUCAUACCGAAGCGGAUCGCCGGCAUGGGCAGCAGAAUUCGACCCUGGCGUAGAAGCACCAACAGCGGCGUUCCAGCAACCAGCGUAUGCAGGCUUCAGUCCCGCCGAGUUUGCAAAGUACCAGAACGCGACGCCUAUAGCGCGAACCGCGAGUCCGACAGUCCACACGCCCGUAAGCGGCAUGGGAUACCAGCGACCGAUGUACGGCAUGGGCAUGAACGGCAUGGGUAUGGGCAUGGGGACGAUGAACAGGCCAUUCAGUCCCAUGAGUAUGCAGCAGCCACAGCAGGUAGAAGGCAAGGGCAAGGGCAGGAUGGUCGAGCUGGACGACAAAGACUGGGAAGCGCAGUUCGCAGAGCUCGAGCACGGCGACCAGGCGAGCCAGGACGUGCUGGACGCAGAAGCGAACGCGGCAAUGGAGGCGGAGCUGAACGACAUGGACAGGUCAGUAGAGCCCGACCUCCUCUCCGAGACAGACCACUUUGGCGACUUUGAGAGCAUCUGGCGGGGCAUUCAAGCUGAGACGGCGAACGCUAGACACCUUGUCGAGGAGGAGAACUUCGGCCAGGGCAUGCACAUGGGCGAUCUGGACCAAUGGGAAGGCUUCGACGGGCUGAACACACACUCCGGCUUCCGUGAUCCCCAGCUCGGCGACUAUCUCUUCGAAGAAGAGAACCUUUUCAAAGACGUCGCAGACCCCUUCAGCGAAGGCAUGCGCAUCAUGGACGAAGGCGGGAACCUCUCGCUCGCGGCCCUCGCCUUCGAAGCCGCCGUGCAAAAAGACCCGGAACACAUAACCGCCUGGACCAAGCUCGGCGCCGCGCAAGCCCAAAACGAGAAAGAAUCUCCCGCGAUCCGCGCUCUGGAGCAGGCCCUCAAACUCGACCCCUCGAACCUCGAAGCUCUCAUGGGCCUCGCGGUAUCCUACACAAACGAAGGCUACGACAGCACCGCCUACCGCACGCUAGAGCGCUGGCUCGCAACCAAGUACCCGACCCUCCUCCCCGCCAACGAGCCCCUCUCCUCCGCCGCAGACAUCGGCUUCACCGACCGCCACGCCCUGCACGAGAAAGUGACCAACCUCUUCAUCGAAGCCGCGCAGCUCUCACCAAGCGGCGACCACAUGGACCCCGAUGUGCAAGUCGGGCUCGGCGUGCUUUUCUACGGCGCAGAAGAGUACGACAAGGCCGUCGACUGUUUCGGCGCGGCCCUCGCGUCCACCGAGUCCGGGACCACGAACCAGCGCUCCCAGCUGCACCUCCUCUGGAACCGGCUCGGGGCUACGCUGGCGAACAGCGGAAGGAGCGAGGAGGCGAUAGAUGCAUACGAGCGCGCGCUGGCGCUCCGGCCCAACUUCGUGCGUGCGCGCUACAACCUCGGCGUCUCCUGCAUCAACAUCGGGUGUUUCGAGGAGGCGGCACAGCACCUGCUCGGCGCGCUCGCGAUGCACAAGGUGAUCGAGUCGAGCGGGCGGGCGCGGGCGAAGGAGGUUGUCGGGGACGGGAUCGAUGACAGGGAGUUGGAUAGGAUGAUUCAGCAGAAUCAGAGCACGAACCUGUAUGAUACGCUCAGGAGGGUGUUUAGUCAGAUGGGGAGGAGGGAUCUGGGGGAGUUGGUGGGACCGGGCAUGGAUGUUGAGAGAUUUAGGGGCGAGUUUGAGUUUUGA